AUGGAUGAUUCAACAGAGCAGAUUCUGUGUGACCAUGAAGCAGACCGUCAAACUCGCGAAGUCUAUCGGUACUUCCAACCUGCAAACCCCGCAGCGCUAAAUGCAACAUGGCCCCCUGAAGACGAUUUGACCACUACAAUUGGCCUGUCCACAGCUACAGUCUCCGUUGAUUCUGUUCUAGAUGACGAGAUCUUCGAGACACACUCAAUCGAAGCUGGUCGUCUGUACAGCCCGAAUACGACUUUGACAUCAUUUGCACAGCUAGCAGCUCUGCGCCUGAAUGCACAACGUGCUUUCAUAACAAUCUUGAACCGCGACUCACAGUUCAUAUUAGCGGAAGCCACGAAAACGACCAACGUGGGAAGCUCGACAUUAUUCAGUGAAAAGGGUGACAACCUUUUUGCCGGAACGUCCACGCUAUCAAACACUUGGAACAUCUGUCAUGAAACAGUCAAUAUCCAGUCGGACCAACAGCAGGAUGGCACAUAUCCUUUUCUCAUCGUCAACGACCUUGAACAAGAUGAACGUUUUAGACAGCUCCCCUUCGUACAAAGUGAGCCACAUUCCCGUUUCUAUGCCGGAACGCCCUUAACGAGCGACAGCAACAUCAAUCUGGGAUGCUUGUUUAUAUUGGAUAGCGAACCGCGUGAAGGGCUGAAUGACGUUGAGAAGGAUAUACUUGGGACGGUCGCAGCUAUGGUAAUGGACUACUUACAGGUCAGCCGCCAAGCUGUUGAAGGACGCCGUGCCUCGCGGUUAUCACGAGGUCUCCGUCUUUUUGUGGACGGUAAAUCCAGCUUCGCGGAUCAUGUUCCCUCUACUCGCUCGCACAGUCUAAGUCACAGCUCAAAGUCGUAUACAUCGCCUUAUCGCAAGGCGAGCCGAUCCGCAAACUCUCAAAAUAGCGGUUCCAACAUUCGCGUGGCACAGUCCGAGAUCGACGAUAUGCCCAUUCAAUAUGACGAAGUUCGAGCUCCGAGUCCAAGCUUAACCGAGGACUUGAGGGUUGGCAUGUCAGCUAGUCCUGCGCCAUCAUCGCAAAGCUCGAAACAGACCGAUAGUGGCUCGAUGGUCUCGAGUAACACCGAUUGGUUAUUUCAACGAGCGGCGAACCUCCUACGGCAAAGCCUGGACCUGGACGGUGCUGGAGGUGUGAUGCUUUUGGAGACUGCGGAUGACCUGUCAGAUCUCGGCGCCCGUAGCUAUUCGUCUUCUGGGGAUACGUCGUCCGUUGAUAGCAAGACUUCAAGCUCUGUUCUUGCGCUGUCCACCAGAGAGGAUCCGUUCUCAUAUCAGACGGGUCCUGAUAUAUCACAUCCAGCAGCCAAACUCGAGAAUGCCUUUUUAGCCCAAUUAUCUCGCCGCUAUCCCAAAGGUAGGCUCUGGUCAUUCCAUCGUGACGGGAGUUUAUCAACUUCGGAUGAAGAGCAGUCCGUUGGCGCCUCGCGAAAAUACAAUCAAUCAUCCAGGGCCUUGGAGGCCAGCAAAUUGAAAGCCUACUUCCCUGAUGCGACUCAGGUCAUGUUUGUUCCAUUGUGGAACGCCACUAAUGCGCAGUGGUUUGCAGGGUGUUUCUCUUGGACUUCUCAGCCUACACGCGUCUUUAGUCGGGCAGUCGAUUUGACCUCGAUGUUUGGCUUCGCUUCUUCCAUGAUGACUGAAUAUGGCCGUGUUGAAUCAGUUGUUUCGGACCGUCAAAAGGGAGAUUUCAUAAGUACUAUAUCUCAUGAAUUGCGUAGCCCAUUACAUGGUGUCUUAGCGGCCACCGAAUUCUUGGGUGGGACUCAAUUGGACGACUUUCAAGAGUCUCUUCUCGAUACCGUAAAUGCAUGCGGCCGGACCCUCUUGGAUACGAUGAACCAAGUUUUGGAUUUCAGCAAGAUAUUGUCCUUGGAGAGACAAAAAAAUAGGUCCAAACGCAAAAAAGAUCCAUGGAGACCAAAACCCCCAGACGAAAUUCAAGCGCGAAUGGAUCCCCAUGUCUCAACGAACGUUGCCAUUUUAGCAGAGGAAGUUGUGGAUAGCGUGUGCUUGGGGCAUCCCCAUGUCCGAAAAUCAGCCACGCCAAUCAAUCAACCCCUAGGGAAGUCACCGGAUUUGUCACCCAAGUCAUCCCGAGAGAACAACCAAGUUAGCACGAAUCCAGAUGUGGAGGUUAUUGUUAAUGUUAGUGACAAUGACUGGUGUUACAAUGUUCAACCCGGCUCACUGAGGCGUCUUAUAAUGAACCUUCUCGGCAAUUCCCUGAAAUAUACAGAAAAAGGCCAGGUCUCUGUCUCAAUCCAGGCAACUGAGAAUUCAAAGGGUCGUACUCGUCGUCAGGGUCUUGAGGACAUUGUGACGUUGACUGUUUCAGAUACCGGUAAAGGUAUCUCAAAUGAGUUUCUUCAGACACGUCUAUAUACCCCAUUCGCACAAGAAGAUACUCUUUCGGUGGGUACUGGCCUUGGUCUAUCAAUCGUUCGAGGCAUUGUGAGAACACUCAAUGGAAACAUCAGAAUCCAAAGCCGAGUAGGCCAAGGCACCACUGUUAAGGUGACUUUUCCCCUCGAACGUCCAGUGGGAGAGAAGAGCCUUUCAUCAAUACCUCGCGCCAAGAACUCGGAGCAGGAAAAGUUUCCUGAGCCCUCCCAACUGCUUCAACUGAACUUUACCGGAAAACGUGUCGCGAUAUGGGGGAUGAAUCCCUCUCAUAUUGAUGGCCAUCACUUCUGGUCUUCAAUUGCUCGGUAUAUCACAGACUGGUAUGGCUUGAAGCUGGUGUCUUGGUCCGCCGAUGAACACAUCGAUGUUCUACUUGCAAAUGAGAGCGACUUGUCUGCUGAAGAACUUCAGCAUUUGCACGCCGCGUUGCCAAGCAUCCUCAUUUUCGGCACCGAAAUGGACUGCUUGAGUAGAUCUAGGAAGCGAUGGUCGCAUCUCGCUAACUCCGUGGAGACCAUUCGUCGACCAUGUGGUCCACAGAAGCUCGCUAGAGGAAUCUUGAGCUGCCUUGACCCAAAACCGGCAUCUCCUGCGCCGUGCUUAGACCCUUCUGAGCCGAAAUUUGUUUUAUCUGAGCGACCAAAGUUCUCAGUUCCGAGGCCAUCAACUGAGAAUUUCAGAUCAACGUCAUUUGAAAGUAUAAGACCUCCUGGUGUUGGAUUAUCCAAUCCUAUGUCAGGUUCCGCUGGCCGGGUUAUGUCUCCUGCGAAACGUAAUCUUUCUGGCCAGACUUCAGAUACAGACGGCUCUACUCGCCUCACAUCUGGAAGUACAUCUUCCAGCCCUCACGCACCCUCCUCCGCUUCCUCCAUUUCUCCCCCCAUCGGCUCAGCUCCUGUUGACUCCUCGCCUGGAAACGAAAGCAAACCCCGAAUAUUGCUGGUCGAUGACAAUGACAUCAACCUCCGGCUUAUAGGAACUUUGAUGAAAAAACGGAACAUCAUCGCUGACACGGCACAGAAUGGUAGGGAAGCCGUCAACCUGGUUGCGCAGAAGUUACCGGGGUAUGACCUCAUUUUUAUGGACAUGUCUAUGCCCGUCAUGAACGGGUUUGAAGCGACUCGUGCAAUACGUGCGAUUGAAAGAGAACGGGAUGGCUGCGUUCCGGCCAAGGUUAUCGCAUUAACUGGCCUUAGUAGUCUGCGUGACGAGUUACAAGCAGUGGAGUGCGGAGUGGAUGUCUUCCUCACGAAACCUGUUUCGUUCAAGAAGAUAUCGCGGUUGCUGGAUGAUUGGGAAAUUGGAUUGUCAAAAUAA